AUGGGUCCUGAAUCUGCGACUGGACAUCUUGGUGCUCCCGUAGACGUUUCUAGUAGGCUUAUCAAACCGGACAAAGAUUCGUCGGGACAGAACUCAAAUUCUUUCCUGCCUCAAAGCGAACUCACAAAGAUAUUCGGAGGCAAGAAUAUUCAUGAGAUACUAGACUCGGUUCGAAAAACCGCCGGAUGCAAGCAUGAUCCCAUUAACGCCAAAAAACACAUCUGCGGAGAGGGAGGGCACAACCAACGCAUCAAGAUAUUCGCGAUUCUUAUGUUCAUCGACAGACCCUGUUACAUCGUCAGCUUUAUUCGAAACGGCAUUUCUGACGACAAACUUCCGCUUGAUGCUGCGACACAUAAGGGUUGUUUCAAGAGCUGGGAGUCUCGCCAUGUAUGGACCUUUUGCCAGUGGCAAUAUAAGGUCCUCGCGCCCGUAUUCGACUUCACCACAACGCUGCAUUGCAAAUUCAGCUGCAGUCAUAUUAUGCCAUUCCUGGAUGCCCUGGACUUCAAGAAAUCAGGAGCACACGGAAGUGUGUCCAAAAUCAGAAUUCAUCGGGAUCAUCAAAUCUGGAAAUCACAAGCAGAUUGCCGAGAAGUCUAUGCCAUCAAGUCUUUCCACCGUAAUGAUAACGAAGACUUUCGGAUGGAAAGAGACGCGUUGGAGAGAUUCAGCCGGCCGAAUGUGACUCAUGACAACCUAAUUGAACUGCUGUUCUCCUACGAGAUAGGAGCAGACCAGUUCAUGAUCUUUCCAUGGGCAGAGUGCAAUCUACUAGAGUUCUGGAGGAAAUAUAAGAGUCGACCUUCGGAGCAGGACGACUUGAUCUGGCUCAUCAAGCAAUGCCGUGGACUUGCUGAUGGUUUAUGCGAGGUCCAUCGGUACCACGAAAAGGACGAUGUCAAUGAAGGCGACCUCGACAGUAAAAGGCUAGGUCGUCACGGAGAUAUCAAGCCGAGGAACAUACUCUUCUUCAAUUCACAAAGUCAACGCGGGCGUCUAGUUGUUGCAGACUUCACACUCAUGCGCUUCCAUGCCCCUAAUACUGAGCAUACCGACGCGAAGGAUGUUAAGGGCUUUUCGAGGACAUACCGCCCGCCUGAGCUGGAUUGUAAAGAGGGGAUUUCACUGAGCCAGAAAUAUGACAUCUGGACAUUGGGCUGCGUUUUCCUGGAGUUUGUAACAUGGCAUCAUGUUGGUUACGAUGCGCUCUAUGAGCGAUGUUUCCGGCAAUCGAACGGUUUGGACUAUGAGAGCUUCAGUGAAGUGCGGCUUAGGGACGACGACGAGCCGUAUGGCCACCCUGACGACAAAUUCUUCAACCGCGAUGAAAGCCUCCAGAACAAUCCCAAGGCCAUGGUGAAGAAUUCUGUCAGACGAUGGGUCGACUUCUUGAAACAACACCCCAAUGCUUCUCCGGCAUCGAAAGCCUUCCUCACGUUCAUUCUGGGGCCAUGA